CAGCGCCAGCCGAGAGAGCGAGAGGGCAGUAGGACGGGAAAGAAAAGAUGGCGGCGUUACGAGUCGCGGCGCUCUCGGGGAGCGGGAGAGCUCUCCUGCGCACCCCGAAAAACAUCACCACGCCAAAGGCCAAAAUGUCCUUCACCAGCCUGCCUCGCAGCCAGAAGGUGGCGCUGACCACACUGGGCGUGAUAGGCGCCGGCGCCGCCGGCCUGGCCCUGGCACUGCACCAGUCCGUCAAAGCCUCCGACCUGGAGCUCCAUCCGCCCAACUACCCCUGGAGCCACGGCGGGCCGCUGUCGUCCCUGGACCACGCCAGCAUCCGCCGCGGCUACCAGGUGUACAAGCAGGUGUGCUCGGCCUGCCACAGCAUGGAGUACCUGGCCUUCCGCAACCUGGUGGGAGUGUCGCACACAGAGGACGAAGUCAAGGCCAUCGCCGAGGAGGUGGAGGUGGUCGACGGUCCCGACGAGACGGGCGAGAUGUUCACCCGGCCCGGCAAGCUCUCCGACUACUUCCCCAAACCCUACGCCAACCCGGAGGCGGCCCGCGCGGCCAACAACGGCGCCCUGCCGCCCGACCUCAGCUACAUCGUCAACGCCAGGCACGGCGGCGAGGACUACGUGUUCAGCCUGUUGACGGGCUACUGUGAGCCCCCCGCCGGCGUGGCAGUGAGGGAGGGUCUCUACUACAACCCCUACUUCCCCGGACAGGCCAUCGGCAUGGCGCCGCCCAUCUACAAUGAGAUUCUGGAAUACGACGACGGGACCCCCGCCACCAUGAGCCAGGUGGCCAAGGACGUGUGCACCUUUCUGAGGUGGGCGGCGGAGCCCGAGCACGACCAGCGAAAGCGCAUGGGACUCAAGCUCUUGAUGGGCUCGGCCAUCCUGGUGCCACUCCUGUACUACAUGAAACGACACAGGUGGGCUGUACUCAAGAGCAGGAAGAUCGCCUACAGGCCGCCCAAAUAAGGGCGCGCGUGCGAGGAUCUGGAUGACACCCACCCACACAUCAGUGACAAACGCACACAAGCAUCUUUGCAUCGUGUUUAUUACACAAAGAAAGGAAAUCGGUAACAAACUAGCUGCUGUGUGUCAACAGUUGAUGGAAUUUUUUUCGUUUGUUAAAUACUCAACGACCAUGUGAGGACCUCGCCUGUUUUACUGUACAAAAUAAAUUAUAUCCCAAAACAA